UACAGGAAAUGACCAGAGACUGCAAACAUAGUACAGAAGAUGACCAGAGACUGCAGACAUAGUAUAGGAGAUGACCAGAGACUGUGGACAUACUACAGGAGAUGACCAGAGACUGCAGACAUGGUACAGUAGAUGACCAGAGACUGCAGACAUGGUACAGGAGAUGACCAGAGACUGCGGACGGUACAGGGGAUGACCAGAGACUGCAGACACGGUACAGUGGAUGACCAGCGACUGCGGACACAGUACAGGAGAAGACCAGAGACUGCGGACAUGAUACAGGAGAUGACCAGAUACUAAAGACAUGGUACAGGGGAUGACAAAAGACUGCAGAUAUGGUACAGGAGAUGAUCAGAGACUGUGGACAUGGUACAGGGGAUGACCAGAG